UUUCUGUGUGAGCUUUCUUAAAGAACCGCUUCCUUUUUAAUCAUAACACUGCGUGGGAAAGUGUCGCAAACAUUCUUCUCUGAGAGACCAGAAGAUUUACAUAGUUUGCUUCUGUGGAAAGAGAAGAAAUGCUGAUAAAACAUUCUAUUAUGGCUGUAAGCUUUGUGUUUACCUGUACUGUGUAAAGUUAGUUUCCUGCUUUCUGAGAUGCAUUUCUCAGAAAAGGAUGGUUUCGAAGAUGACUUCAGUAGAAGUGUUGUUGCUGCCCAUGAAAGGGUUCCUUCUGGAAUCUUGUCUCAGACUAUGAACUACGUAGGACAACUUGCGGGACAAGUACUGGUUACUGUGAAGGAACUGUACAAAGGCAUUAAUCAGGCAACUCUUUCAGGAUGCAUUGAUGUCAUUGUGGUCCGGCAACAGGAUGGUACAUACCAGUGUUCUCCUUUUCAUGUCCGAUUUGGAAAGCUUGGUGUAUUACGCUCUAAAGAAAAAGUGAUUGAUAUAGAAAUUAAUGGUGAUGCUGUUGAUCUGCAUAUGAAACUGGGUGACAAUGGAGAAGCUUUCUUCGUACAAGAAACCGAGGAGGAAAAUGAAAAAGUUCCUGCAUAUUUGGCAACAUCUCCAAUACCCACCGAAGACCAGUUUUUUAAAGACACUGACAAUCAUCUGAAAUCGGGUGAAAAUGAGAGGACAUGUGCGAACUCAGAAAUUCCACACUCUGUGGAAACAGAGACUGUUUUCACCCCUGGUUCUGUGAAAAAGAAAAAAAGAAGAAGAAAGAAAUACAAACAAGAUAGCAGGAAGGAAGAUCAGAUCUCUUCUACUGGGACGGAAGAGAUUUUUGAAAUGGAAAUAAGCUCAGAUGAUGAAAAAAGUGUUCAGCCCCUAAGAGGAUCCUCAAAUUCAUCACCAAAGGGUGAAGAACAGAAAGAAUCUUUACUUUAUCACUCAAAGGACCAUUACCCCUUAUCUGAUGGAGACUGGUCCCCCCUGGAGAACCCUUUUUCUGAGACAGUCUGCCCUAAAAGUGAUUCAGAACUAGAAGUUAAACCUGCUGAGAGCUUGCUCAGAUCUGAAUCUCACAUGGAAUGGACAUGGGGAGGAUUCCCAGAAUCAACGAAGAUAAGCAAGAAACUAGAACAUCCCAGGACAGCUACCAUUACUCCAUCAGAGAAGACCCAUUUUAGGGUCAUCCUCAGCUCUGAUGAAGUUGAAGAUGAUGAUGAUGUGAAAGAUUCUGUCUGUACAGUACUGAAACCUGAGCCACGAACUCAUCCUCUGCUUAAGCAGAUGGAUUCCAAAGAUUCUCUUGCUUCUGCAAUCAUAGAACCUCAAGAUCCGUUGCCAUUAGAUGCUGAUCAUCAUUCCAGACUGUUAGUCGACCCUUUACCAGAAACAAAGCCGAUAGCAAAAACUGACUCUCCUUCAAAAAAGAAAGGGGUGCACAAGAGAAGUCAUCAUCAGGGGUCUGACGGUAUUUACUUGGAGGACCUAAAGGCUUUGGAACCUGAAGUUGCAGCACUUUACUUUCCCAAAAGUGAUUCUGAUCCAGGCUUCAGGCAAUGGACCGAGUCAGAUACCCUUUCCGGUUCCCAGUCACCUCAGUCAGUAGGAAGUGCUGCUGCCGAUAGUGGUACAGAGUGCAUGUCUGAUUCUGCUAUGGAUUUGCCUGAUGUCACACUGUCUCUUUGUGGAGGUCUUAAUGAAAAUGGAGAGAUUUCUAAAGAAAAAUUCAUGGAACAUAUUAUUACUUAUCAUGAGUUUGCAGAAAACCCGGGACUCAUAGACAAUCCUAACUUGGUAAUAAGGAUUUACAACAGAUACUAUAACUGGGCGUUGGCUGCUCCAAUGAUUCUGAGUUUGCAGGUGUUUCAGAAGAGUUUGCCUAAGGCUACUGUUGAGUCUUGGGUCAAAGAGAAGAUGCCAAAGAAGUCUGGAAGGUGGUGGUUCUGGCGCAAGAGAGAAAGCAUGACUAAACAGAUACCAGAGACAAAAGAAGGAAAACCUGAGACACAAAGAGCAAAUGAACUGCCAGCAACUAUAAAAGAGCAAGUUAAUAGUAGACCUCCAGAAGAUGAUUCUUCUAGUGAUGAAGCAUCCCAGGAGUUGAAGGAAUCCCUGAAAAUAGACCCUGCCCCAGUGGAGCAUCCAACCCAUGGGAACAUUCCAUCCUACAAGAAGUCACUUAGACUGUCUUCGGACCAAAUAGCAAAGUUGAAGCUCAGAGAUGGCCCAAAUGAUGUUGUAUUUAGUAUUACGACCCAGUAUCAGGGGACUUGCCGUUGUGCAGGAACAAUAUAUCUCUGGAACUGGAAUGAUAAAAUCAUCAUAUCAGACAUUGAUGGAACAAUAACCAAGUCUGAUGCUUUAGGGCACAUCCUUCCUCAGCUUGGCAAGGACUGGACUCAUCAGGGCAUUGCAAAACUUUAUCAUUCCAUAAACGAAAAUGGCUACAAGUUUCUGUACUGUUCUGCCCGUGCCAUUGGGAUGGCAGAUAUGACCAGAGGAUAUCUGCACUGGGUGAAUGACAAAGGAACAAUUCUCCCCAGGGGCCCUCUCAUGUUGUCCCCCAGCAGUUUGUUUUCUGCCUUGCAUAGGGAAGUAAUAGAAAAGAAGCCUGAAAAGUUCAAAAUCGAGUGUUUGAACGAUAUCAAGAAUUUGUUUGCUCCCAGUAAACAGCCUUUCUAUGCUGCUUUUGGAAACAGGCCCAAUGAUGUAUAUGCCUACAGGCAAGUUGGAGUUCCAGACUGCAGAAUAUUUACUGUGAAUCCAAAGGGUGAACUGAUCCAAGAACGUACCAAGGGAAACAAAUCUUCGUAUUACAGACUAAGUGAGCUUGUGGAACAUGUAUUCCCAUUGCUUAAUAAAGAACAGAGUUCUGCAUUUCCAUGCCCAGAAUUCAGCUCCUUUUGCUAUUGGAGAGAGCCUCUUCCUGACCUAAACAUGGAUGACCUGGCCUGAAAAACACUUCUCACCUAGAGACGGAAUUUCAUAUUCAGCUACUCAACUUCAGUUUAAAUGUGAAGAACUUUCUUAAUGAAGAUGCUAAUUUAUAUACUGGUACCGUAAGUCUUAGUAACGAAUCACUUUAACUCCGUUGGUUUAAAAUAAAGAAGAUGCAAAGCUACUGUCUUUUUUUGUGUGUGUGCAGGGUUUGUUUGGGUUUUUUUGUUUAUUUGUUUCUUUAUUGCUUGUCUUAGUAUAUCUGUUUUAAGGCACUUGACAUUGGCCUGUCACUGAUGGUCAUGGUACCCAAGUGCUUCAGGGCAACUAAAUGCUGAGGUAAAAUAUGACUUUGCAUUUUCAUCAGUACAGAUCUUACUGUAAACAUAGUUUGUUGGGGUUUUCUUUGUAUUAGUCUAAAUAGUAUAUUUUCUAAAAUGAAGCCAAAAAGUGUAUGGAAACUG